AUGACAAAGGCUUUAAUUUUCAUUUCAAACGGCACUGAGGAGAUGGAAUUCACCAUUACUUACGAUACACUCGUCAGAGCGGGUUUCCAAGCUGUAUCUGCAGGUGUAGACAUAUCCACGCACGCCGUAUGCACAAGAGGCGUUAAGAUUACUCCGGAUGUACUCCUCAACGACCUCAGCGAUGACGAUUUGCACAGUUUCAACAUUGUCGUUGUCCCUGGUGGUGGGCCUGGCGCCAACACUCUCAAAUCAAACUUACGCAUUCAAAGCCUUUUCCAGCGUAAUUUCAAAGCCUCCGAUAAGCUUCUCGGUACUAUCUGCGCUGGUUCACUCAUCAUAAAAUCUGCAGACAUAGCUAAAGGUCAGCCAAUCACCUCGCAUCCUUCUGUAAAAGAUGAGCUCGAUCACCUCUACGCUUACUCGCAAGAUAAGGUCGUCGUUACUGAGAAUCUUGUAACAUCACGUGGCCCAGGCACAGCUUUCGACUUUGUCCUCACUCUCAUCGAGUUGACUGCCGGGAAGCAGAAGCGCAAUGACGUAGCUGGUCCAAUGAUCUUCUAA